AUGAAUUUGUGUCUUCCUUCUUUGACAUGGCCAAAACUGAUUAAACAGUUUUGUUGUGCAACCUUGAAUGCAGGCUAUUCAAAAAGAAGAGAGGAAAAAUUAGCACGGUCAUUAAGAGAUCUUCUUAACCAAUAUGUCCGAGGUGAUAAAGAUGGAUUCUUGCAACAUGCAGAAUCGGAAGCCAGACGUCUGGCUAAUACUGCUUUCGGAGUUGAUAUACUACACACUAUUGGCUAUGUAUACUCAAGACAGGCAGCACAAGAGCUUGGAAAGAAAGCAAUUUAUCUUGGUGUACCAUUUUUGGCCGAGUGGGUUCGCCACAAGGGACAUUUCUGGAAGUCACAGAUUACUGCAGCAAAAGGUGCUUUUCAGUUACUGCAACUUCAAGAAGAUAUGCGCAGACAAUUCAAAAUGGAUGGCAGUGGCCCUGAAAAUGAUGUUGAAUCACAUUUAAGAUUAAAUAAAGAAACUUUGAUGAACUCUUUAUGGAAAUUGAAUGUCAUGGAUAUUGAAGUAACCCUUGUACAUGUGUGCCAAAUGGUGCUGCGGGAAAAUAAUGUGAAGAAGGAGGAACUCAAAGCCAGAGCUCUGGCUCUGAAAAUUCUUGGGAAGGUAUUUCAGGAACAAGAAGCUCAAAAUGGUGGUACAUCACGGAGGAAAAAGGUUGCUGAAAUAGAUGAUGAUGAUGGAAGCAGUUCCGAGAGCAGCAGUGAAGACAAGUCGCCAAGAACACUUUCGUAUCGAACUCCUUUUCUCACUCAGGGUAUUGGGAGACUCUUCAGAUGCCUGUGUAACCCAGCCUUUGAUGUGAUGAUGAUGAAUUGUGUUCAAAAGCAAUGA